CCUGCUGGAUUCGAGUUUGAGCGGGGAACCGCGGCGCUCGCGCUUAGCUUUAGUGUGAGCUCGCCGGUUUUAACGGACUACGCGCGGAAAAGUGAGUCUAGAACAGAGUGGAGAACCUGAACUGCGCGCGCGGGGAGAACAGGAGAACCCGGAGGUUCUGAGCAGCAGCGGACUGUAGAGUUUCAGCCCGGGUUCAGCGGGAGAGAGCUCGAGCGCGCGGGCGGGCGAGCGAGUCGCUACUGUUCAGAAGGGUCUGCUCUGUCCGCGAGAGAGCGCGAGGGAAAAAAGGGAGAAUGUGAAACUCAGGAGGGAAAACCGGACUGUGCAACUUUCCCACCGGCAGCGAGCAGAGAGAGGAUCACAGGAAGAUCUGGGAUGAGCCACCAGAAGCUCCACUACUAUCUUCAUCACGUCACGCGCCCUACCAUUAAUGGACUAGUGCUGCGUGCUGUGUGAUCCUGCUCACUGCUGUUCUGAUCCAGGUCUGCUGCUCCUCCUGCGAUGCUCGGAUCCUUAAAUUAGACUCUUGGCCACUUUCCAGCCCCAGCGGAGGAGAUCCGUCCAGCGGCGGAGGAUAGACGGGGAGCAGCACCAUCCAGCACCAUCAUCCAGCACCACACAGCACCAGCCCGCCAGUCUGGAGCAAGUUCCCGCUCCAGUCCGCGCUGUUACAGGCUAUGAGUGAGUAAGAAGAGGAGGAAGAGGAGGAGGAGAGAGAGAGCUACAGCACUGGGUAUCAAACACACUUCUGACUGCACGAUGGGAAUUAACCAGAGUCCAGAAGCCCCGGGAGAACACAGCCACAGGAGCGGCUUCAGCGCAGAGGACGGCGCCCGCGGACAAGCGUGCAGAGCCGGCGUGGAGACGGAGCCUCGCCCGCUGAGCCGCACCAGCUUAUCCGCGCCUGCUUAUGAGCAGCGGAGCAUGAUUUUGAGAAGUAUUCCCGAGAGGAGCAGCUCGAGAAACCGCGGGAGAAAGUUUGCCUUCUUUGCUUGGAGUUGGUGGGCGUUCUUCUGGAUCCACAUCCACGUGUCCAAAGCUGUGGUACAAGGUGAUGUGGCCCCCUACUUCAAAACAGAGCCGGGGCCUCCGGAAACCCACCUGGAGGGAAACCGUCUGGUCAUGACCUGCCUGGCGGAGGGCAGCUGGCCUCUGGAGUUCAAAUGGAUGUUCAACAGCACAGAUAUCACUGCCUUCUCCCCGGAGUACAAGUACACUAUUCCAUCCCUGCAGCGAUCAGACAUGGGUAUAUACCAGUGUGUGGUGAGGAACAGGAUGGGCGCUCUGCUGCAGAGAAGAGCAGAUAUACAAGUGGCAUAUAUGGGGGAUUUUGUUGAAGCUGAGCAGAGGAAAACAGUGACCCAGGGCCGGGCCGCCAUUCUCAACUCACCGGGGGUCAGCUGCUUUCCCCGACCGCAGGUGACGUGGUACCGAGACGGCUACAAGAUCAUUCCCAGCAGCAGAGUGGCCAUAACCCUGGAGAACCAGCUGGUGGUGCUGGCCACGGCCGCCGCUGACGCCGGGAGGUACUACGUCCAGGCCGUCAAUGAGAGGAACGGCGAAAACAAGACCAGCCCAUCCAUAUACCUGAACGUGGCAGCGAACAAGAAGAAUCGAGGAUCUCAUGAUUCGGACGCCCCGGCGGACCCGGUGGCUCCGGUGAUCGUGAUCCCCCCCAGAAAUACCACGGUGGUGGCCGGGGUGAGCGAGGCCACGCUGGAGUGUGUGGCUAAUGCACGGCCGGUGGAGAAGCUGGUGUUGGUAUGGAGGAGGAACGGUGUGGAGGUGGCGAGCGGCGUUGGCUCUUUUGGCCGGCGUUUGACCGUCAUCAAUCCGACCUCGGCUGAUGUUGGAGUGUACGUGUGCGAGGCGUCCCUGCAGGACAGCAGCGUUAAACCCGCCGAGGCCAGAGCCUUCCUCUCUAUUACAGAGCCUCCGUACUUCACGACCGAGCCCAGGAGGAAGAUGAUGGGCGAGGUGGAGAAGAACGUGGAUAUCCCUUGCCAAGCCCGAGGUGUGCCCAUGCCGAAGUUGGAGUGGUAUAAGGACGCGGUGCCGCUCAGCAAGCUCAAUAACCCGCGCUAUAAGGUCGUCUCCAGUGGAGGACUGCAGGUCAGGAGGCUGCAGCCAAGUGAUGCCGGCAUCUUCCAGUGCUUCGCCAGGAACGUAGCCGGAGAGUCGCAGGCUCACACCUACCUGGACGUCACAAGUUUGGCUCCAGCCUUCACUGCGCCUCCAGCGAACAUCACAGUGACGGACGGCUCUGCAGCCUCCUUCACCUGCCAGGUCUCAGGCGCCCCUAAACCAGCCAUCACCUGGAAGAGAGAUUCUCAGAUCUUGGCCAGCGGCUCGGUGCAGAUUUCACGAUUCACCCUGUUGGAGUCUGGUGGGCUGCAGGUGAAGCCAGUGAUGCUGCAAGACUCGGGGAUAUACACCUGCUACGCCGCUAACACUGAGGGGGCCAUCAACGCCAGCGCCAGCCUCACUGUGUGGAGUCGCACCUACAUCUCCCACCCUCCCUCGGACCGCCGAGUCAUCAAGGGGACAACAGCUGUUUUGGAGUGUGGCGCUACACACGACCCCCGCGUGGCCAAGAGGUACGUGUGGAAGAAGGAUGGCGAGGUGGUGGCUCAGUCUAAAGGUGGGCGGAUCAGCCUGCAGGACGGCUCUCUGCACAUCACUCAGACGUGGUCAGGUGACAUCGGGGACUACACCUGCGACGUCAUCUCCCUCGCCGGCAACGACUCCAAGAGCGCACGCCUGGAAGUGAUAGAGCUCCCUCACUCCCCACGGAACCUGCAGGCCAGCCUAAACGCCACAGACAGCCGCAGCGUGGACCUCUCCUGGAUGAGGCCUUUCGAUGGGAACAGUCCUCUCCUGCACUACGUGGUGGAGCUCUCGGAGAACAAUUCUCCAUGGAGGGUGUAUUUGCCGACAGUGGACCCGGCGCUGACCGCUGCGGUGGUGAGCGGUCUUACCCCGGCCCGCACCUACCAGUUCAGGGUGUGUGCUGUGAACCAGGUGGGCCGAGGCCAGUACAGCUCUGAGACCAACAGGCUGAUGCUCCGCGAAGAGCCGCCCAGCGCUCCACCCAAGAACAUCGUGGCCAGCGGUCGCACCAACCAGUCCAUCAUGGUGCAGUGGCAGCCCCCUCCCGAGCCCCAGCUCAAUGGUGUACUCAGGGGUUACGUCCUCAGGUAUCGGCUGGCGGGGCUCCCGGGCGACUACCAGCAGCAGAACAUCACCAGCCCCGAGAUCAACUACUGCCUGAUCACGGAGCUCAUCAUCUGGACGCAGUAUGAGAUCCAGGUGGCGGCGUACACGGGAGCAGGCCUGGGCGUCUUCAGCCAGCCCGUCAUUGAGUACACGCUGCAGGGAGUUCCCACAGCGCCCCCUCAGGGUGUGGAGGCUGUAGCCGUCAACUCAACCACCAUCAAAUUCACCUGGAAUCCCCCACCUCAGCAGUUCAUUAACGGCAUCAAUCAAGGCUACAAGUUAAUGGCAUGGCCCGAGCACUCCCCUGAGGAAACUACGGUGGUGACCAUCACCCCAGAUUACCACGGCACCCGUCACCUGGGCUACGUCAGUGGCCUGAAGAAGUUCACCUGGUACCUGACCUCAGUGCUGUGCUUCACUACACCAGGGAACGGGCCCAGGAGCACACCCAAACUGGCACAGACGUACGAGGACGCUCCAGGUCCUGUAGGGCAUCUGAGCUUCACUGAGAUCCUCGACACGUCUCUGCGAGUUAGCUGGGAGGAGCCUGUAGAGAAAAACGGAAUCAUCACAGGUUACCUGCUGUCCUGGGAGGCGCAGGGGAAGAACCAGUCGCGGGUGGCGCGCACCAUGCCCAACAGCACACUGGAAUACAAAGUGACCGGACUCACCUCCCUCACCACCUACACUCUGGAGGUGGCGGCCAUGACGGGCGCUGGCAUCGGGACCGUCACCUCUUCCGCUAUUUCUUCUGGAGUUCCCCCAGAACUUCCUGGACCUCCUUCAAACCUGGUUAUCUCCAAAAUCAGCCCACGCUCGGCCACUUUGAAGUUCCGGGCAGGGGAUGAUGGGAAAACGUCCAUCUCUAAGUGGGUUGUGGAGGGACAGGUGGGAAACACUGAGGAGGAGGAGGAGGAGUGGAAGGUGCUGUAUGAGAAGGAGAACGAUCCGGAAGCUCAAGUUCUGGAGGUGCCCAACCUCACCCCAUUCACACACUACAGGUUCCGCAUGCGGCAGGUGAAUAUAGUGGGCUCCAGUGCAGUCAGUGAGGCGUCGCGGGUGAUCCAGACCCUGCAGGCUCCUCCGGAUGUGGCCCCCGGCAGCGUGACCGUGAGGACGGCCAGUGAGACCAGCGUGUGGCUCCGAUGGGUGCCGCUGCCGGAGACGGAGUAUAAUGGUAAUCCUGAGAGUGUGGGGUACAGGGUGCGGCUGUGGCGGGCGGAUCAGCCGGGCGAGUUCCGCACGCGGGAGGUGAGUGACCGGCUAGAGCGAGAGAUCACUCUGGAGGGGCUGGAGGAGUGGACCGAGUACCUGCUGCAGAUCCAGGCCUUCAACUCCAUCGGGCCGGGGCCCUGGAGCGAGGCCGUGAGGGGCCGCACGCGCGAGUCAGUGCCCUCCGCAGCUCCAGAGAACGUGACGGUCGAGGCCAUGAGCUCCACACGAAUCCUGGUGACCUGGGGUCCUGUACCAGAGCCUGAGCAGAAUGGCAACAUCCUCGGAUACAAGGUGCUGUACAGAGAGAAGGGUUCUGGUGUGGAACCGCAGGUACAGGCGGUGAAGGGGAACCUGACGCAGUCGGUUCUGCUGAGGAACCUGAGGAAAUACGUGCAGUACGAGAUCCAGGUGCUGGCCUUCACCAGAAUAGGAGAUGGACAGCUCAGCAGCCCACCUGUGCUGGAGAGGACCAAGGACGAUGUUCCCGGACCACCCAUGAGGCUGGUGUUCCCAGAGGUCCGUCUCACGGAGGUCAGGGUGGUCUGGCAGCCCCCGGUGGACCCGAAUGGCAUCAUCAUGGGGUACCAGGUCGCUUACCGGCUGGAUUCUGGAGAUCCCAACCAGUUCACCACUGUGGAAGUGGGCCCAGACACCAACCAGUUCACCGCCUCCUCGCUGGUCCGGGAGUCCGCCUACAUCUUCCGCAUUUCAGCCAAGACGCAGCAGGGCUGGGGAAGCGCCGCUCAGGCUGUGGUCAUCACUACUGAGAUCAGAGAGCGUCCUCAGCCUCCUCUGCGGCUCUCUGUGCCUCAGGAUCAGGUCCAGUCCCGGCAGCUGAGGCUGAACUGGUUGCCGGGUGGAGAUGGCUCCUCCCCCGUUCGCUACUUCACCCUGCAGCUCCGCCAGCUGCCCGAUGGAUCCUGGGUCACACACUCGUCUGCCAUCAGCCACAACAGCACCUCCUGCAUAGUGGACCGGCUGAAGCCCUACACUUCAUACAAGCUGAGAAUGAUGGCCACUAAUGACAUCGGAGACAGCAAGUACAGCCAGGAGACCGAUGCAAUUACGACUUUACAAGAUGUUCCGGACGAAGCGCCUGUUAUUCAGUCGGUGAAGCCCUCCACGACUACCUCUGUUCUGGUGCAUUGGCAGCCGCCCAAGGAGGAGAGUGUGAACGGGGUGCUGGUAGGCUAUCGGCUGUAUUACCGCGAGCUACAGUAUGACAGCGCUCCACAGGAGUCCAAGAAGGCCAUCAACAGCUCUUCAGCGCGCGGAGAUCUGACAGCCAAGAGCACUGUGAAGACUGUGAGCAAUCCUUCGCUAACGGAAUUCGAACUCACUCAGCUGCAGAAGUACAAACGCUAUGAAAUCGUGAUGACAGCUUACAACGUCAUCGGCGAGAGCCCUGCCAGCGCGCCCGUGGAGGUGUUUGUAGGGGAAGCAGCUCCCUCAGUGGCGCCUCAGAAUAUCCAGGUCAACACCAUGUCGUCCACCCAGCUGGAGGUGCAGUGGGAGCCGCCGCCCGUGGAGACGCAGAACGGCAUCAUCCAGGGUUAUAAGAUUUAUUAUUGGGAGAUGGAUAAUCAGAACGAGACGGAGAAGGUAAAGAUCCUCUUCCUGCCGGAGACGAGCAUGCGGCUGAAAAACCUGACCAGCUACACCUACUACAUGGUCAAGCUGUCUGCGUUUAAUGCGGCGGGGGACGGUCCGCUCAGCGAGCCCAGGAGGGGGCGUACUCUUCAGGCAGCUCCCAGUGCUCCUAGCUUCAUCAGUUUCUCUGAAGUCACCAGCACCACUCUGAAUGUCUCGUGGGGAUUCCCUGUGUCUCCGAACGGAGUAGUGGAGGGGUAUAGGGUGGUGUAUGAACCCACUGCACCCAUUCACGGUGUGAGUAAGGUGGUGACGGUGGACAUUCAGGGCAGCUGGCAGCGCUGGCUGAAAGUGCGUGACCUCACGAAGGGCGUGACCUACUGCUUCCGCGUGCAGGCUAAGACCAUCAGCUACGGUCCGGAGGUGGAGGCCAACAUCACAGCAGGCCCCGUUCAAGGUUCUCCUGGAUCUCCUGUUGAGACAUCAAUCACUAAGUCAGGCCCCACCCUCACCAUCCACUGGACGCCCGGGGAGACGGGAUCCGGCCGUGUGACAGGCUAUGUCAUCGAGGCCCGCCCCUCAGAUGAGGGAUUGUGGGACACCUUUGUGAGGCACUUGCCCCCCUCCAGCACCUCCCAUGCCAUCAGCCUGGACCGCCUGCGCCAGGGAGUCAGCUACCAGUUCAGAGUGCUGGCCGUCAAUGAGUUCGGCUACGGUGAGCCGAGUGCUCCCUCUGCUGCCAUGUCAGCUCAAGUAGAGACCCCGUUCUAUGAGGAGUGGUGGUUCCUGAUCGUUCUGGCUCUGUGUGGACUCAUUCUGCUGCUGCUCGUGAUCUUUGGGCUGGUUCUGCACGGACAGAACAAGAAGUACAAGAGCUGCGGAACAGGUGCAGCUGUCUCUACAGUGGAGGAAUCUGUUACUCUGGACAACGGCGGCUUCACGGCCCUGGAGUUAAACAGCCGACCCAUGCACGUCAAAAGUUCCUUCCUCAGGAAAAACGGCACCAGGUCUCCCCCUCGGCCCAACCCCGCCGGCCUGCGCUACUCAGAUGAAGAUAUCUGCAACAACUACAACGGCGCCGUCUCCACCGAGUCCACAGCACUUACAGAGAGGCCUGCGGAAAUAUCAGAGUCUGAGGCCUCGGACAGCGACUGCGAGGAGGAGCAGAUCAAGCACUCGUUUGUGAACCACUACAUGAGCGACCCGUCCUACUUUAACUCCUGGAAGCGGCAGCAGAAGGGCCUGAAGCAGACGCUGGCCUGCGCCUACGAGGAGUGCGCCAGCAGGGACGGCGAGGGCUACUAUCAGACAGUGGUGACCCAGCACAGCGUCGGAGGAGCGUACACCCCCGCCGGGCAGCCGGCCACCGGCUCACGGACUCCCGUCACAGGCUUCUCGUCCUUCGUGUGACGCCCGGCGGGGCUUGGAGGAGCGGGUCCCCUCUGCAGGCCCUUCGGUUGGGGAAAGGCACAAGACUUGGGGUAGAGGGUGGGGGUGUGUUCGGGACAUUUCAGCAGAACUUUCACCAUGAGCACUACAAGAGACGACGUUUCUGGCCGACCACGUGACUCGUUUGACUUGACUUGAAUGUACUCACACGCCAAGACUCGCCAAGAAGGGGGUGUCCUUGGCGGGAAACGAGAGUCGGCAGCACGGACAACUGUACUCACUGUAACCACAGGCCUGGAGAUGAUCACAGCUCACCGUGUGGAGUAUACGUUGAUGGUUCUGGUACUCGUACUCUUUUGUGACGUGUUCUGGCACGGCCUUGGUUUGCGACAGACGACUGAAAGAAGCUUUCCGUUUUAUUAGAUAAAGGGAUAAAGCAGGGUACAACAGGUACACAAGACCUGUUCUUAAUCCACGGAAGUGAUGAUCAGCACUUACAUUCCCCUCCCACGCUGACUCGAUUCAACAUGGUGGCACAUGUUCACAGUCUGGACGACCAUGAAAAAAAAAGAAGCAUUCCUGACACUGUUCCCUUUAUGACCAAGCACCCGGAGACCUAGAGAGGAUUUUACAUGGACGAAGCACUCUGUAAUUACUGUAUACUCUAAUGUCAAGUCCGAGUAAUCUGUCACUCACCUUCAGUGUCUCUAUAUAUACCUGUUCCAGAUCGCAAAGAUUGCAAAGUCAGAAGGAAGGUCCUGGAACUCUUACGGGAUUUAAUGAGGAUACGGGGUAGGACUCGGCCAUACGCCACAGCUACACAUUCCUCCUAGAAAUGGAGCAAAUGAGAGGGAGAUGGAUAGAUCAAUCAGUCUUCAGUCGUGCAGUGAUUCUUCGAGUGUCGCAUUGCACAUCAUCCUCACACAGAACCAUUCAAACUUGUCUUUACAUUUCUUCUUAUUCGUUUUUUAUAUUUUAUUGUUUUUCAGGCUUAAGAGCUGCAGUCUGUUCUAAAUCUACUACUAGGUUAGAUACACUGGCAUACCAAAGGUCAUGGGAUGGCAGUAUGUUGUGAGACAUGUUGGGUUGUCUUGUGAAAGAGAUUGGCCAGAACACUGAACAGAUAACGAACUUGCUCAUGGCAAGGCAAGGUCAAGUUAUGGAAGCUGGAGCGAGACCUGAUUGUUGGUGCCAGAUAUUGGAUGGGUUAUUCCAUUUCUGAAGCUGUGCGUAUGUGUUUAACAUCCCUGAAUCCACAGUGUAACAUUAUAUAAGGCUAACAUUACCACCCACAGUGGACAGCACAGUGUGUGGUAAUGAUCGUGACCAGCAGCUUCUGGCUAGAAUUGUCAUUACGAACAGAAACAGAAAUUCAGUGUGGGAGGCUCCACAUGCAUAUCCCACAUAGCCCAUAACCCGCAGCGUUCUUUAGCAUCAAUGGGACAUCUCUAAAAGAAACAGGAUAUGAUAGUAGUUCCUGUUCCUGACUUUUGGCAUGCCAGUGAUUCAAAGCUACCUUUAAAAUGGACUCCAAGGCUAGGUUAGAUCUGUACCUGUAAAGCAGGCCUCUUUAUGUGUGUCGGUCGCAAUCUAGCAGCCAAGCUCAGCACUACAGCAUACUUUUGCCCUGUUCCAACACACCACACUCUCUUAUAUCGCUAAUGAAGGACUUAAGAUAAGUAGCCACUGAUUUGACUGUGGUGUGUUAGAGCUGUGAAAACACUAAUGGUGCAAGACUGGAAGACUGGAGAGCAGUCGUGUAAGAAUACUAUAACCACCCCCUUUUUUCUACCCUUGCUCUACAUCUUAUCAGCUACAACGAGGAGUAUAUAGGAGCACUGUGUAGUUCUUAGGAUUGUAGUCCUGUAUCUGUUUCUCUGUGUAUUUUAUUAUUCUCCUUUUACCCUGAUCUUUAAUAGUCAGGACCCCACAGGAUAGAGCAGCUAUUAUUUAAAGGGGUUGCAUUAUGUGGGCAAUGUCCUGUGGGCAGCGUAAACUACCAUAUUUCUCUCUGCUAUAAGGCACAACGUAUUUUAAGGCGCACUAUCAAUUUACAUCUAUUGUCUGGUCUAUUUUCAUGCAUAAGGCGCACUGGAUUAUAAGGCUCAUUUUAAGAAACACUAUAAGGAACUUUUAAUUCAACAGGUCUCACCGCUGGGUGUUGGGGGGUAGCUAACUAAGUUAAGUAAAGCUAAGCACAAAACAAAACUGUAAUUAAAAAAUAUAUAUUUAUUUAAAAUUUAAACUAGUGUUGAAUGUUAAUCUACAAAGAUUUCUCUCCUGGAAACUGUUUGUUUAGUUACAGUAAGCUUAGAUUCCCAAAUUUCUCCAGCAUUAGCAUUAUUGGCUAACCGCUUCCAUCAGUGCUGCACUGAGGAACCAUAAAUGCUCCAGUGAGCAAGGGCGAUAUCAGCUAGCGCUUCAUUCCACAUAGCUUGUUUUAACACGGUAAACCUGUAUACUACAGUCCAAUAUACUCGCCUCUGGACAGCAGCACAACACACACUAACACCUCAUACACCACCCCCAUGCUAAUCAGUGCUAAUCACUGCAGUGCUGGAAACAUGAAAAUGACCAACCACCCAAAAAAAAUUAUAGAAAUAGUUGCUCUGCGGUGGUUUUCUCUCCUGUGGGGUCCUGAUUUUUAAAGACAGGGGGAAAGGAGGAUAAUAAUAAAGUAUGCAGAGAAUCAGAUACAGAACUACAGUCUAUAAUUAUAGAACUACAACAUGCCCUAUAUGCUCAGUGGAGCUGGUAAGCUGGACACUGAGUGUAGAAAUAAAAAUUGGUUAUAACAUUCUGAAUGAACUGUGUAUAAUGGUAAUAUUUAGGUUGCCGGUUUGGGGAAAUGAAUGCUUUUGACACUGUGAAAUUUCAGCACAAAACACAUAUAUUUCAAUACCAUCCAACCCAUCAACAAGCAAACUGGUACAAAAUUGGUGGAUAUGAUUUUUUUUAAGAUGCUGUAAUUUAUCUUCAAUUUUUGUCUCACACCACACAGAACAACACUGUCCUUUUACUUUUCUCUCCUCAAAUAGAGACUGAAUGAUUCUCAAAAAGUCCUUGGAUGUGAUAGAGUUGGAAUGAAACCCUGUAUUUCCAGCACUCUUAAGGACGCCACUUUCUUUCUUUCCUUUAUUUUUCUCCUCCUUUUCAGAUUCAUUGUUUCUCACAGAGUGACUGAAUGAAUAGUUUUUGCAUUUUUCCAUUUUAUCUGCUUAAAAGCUGUAAAUGUGUUUUUAUGAUUAAUUUGUAAGACUGAUUUCUUCUCUUUUUUACCGUAGUGAUUUACAGAGUGAUUCAGAGUCAUUCGUAUUUUCAGUUCAGUUCAAUGUCAUUUUUCUUCAGUUCUUAAAAUUGCCAAUCACAGUGGUGAACAAAACACGAAUGAACUGUAAAAGAAAAAGGAAAUGUUUAUGGUUUUAUGCCUGCCAUGAUAUCUGUCCCAGCACGAGUGUAAUGUCAUGGACAUUCAUGAAGUAAAGACAAUUUCCCACUUUUUUAGAGAAAUUAAAUGUUUGCUGUUCACGUAAACAACAUGAA